ACCUCCGAAGGGACGAUAUCGUUUUCGUCGGUUAGUGCGCGCGUGUGUCAUUCUCCUUUAGGAACAAUUUCAGGCUUUUGUUCUCCCCGAGGGAGGAAGGAAGAAACGGUUUGGUUUGGCUCACAUACCAUCCUGCCGGAACUGCAAUCAAUGAAAGCGAAGAAAUAGAACACGGUGUUAAAGAGUAGGGCUUUUUUUUUGCUAUAUGUGUGAUGAUAGUUAUGUAGUGUAACGAAAUAACGCUCUCUAUGUGUCUUCUCUGUUGUCUUAGAAGACUGAAUAAUAAUUAGAAGUUCGAUAAUGAUUAGAUCCGCGCCCUCUUCCAAAAGUUAGCUCCAUCAACAGUGCGGGGGGAUUGGUUGGCUAUUGCUGUUACACGCAACUCACUGGAGUGAAAAAGAGAGGGCAACCACUAAUGUAUGUGGAGCCAUUGAGUGUCGGGGGCCAAAGCUAAAGCUUCCUGCAAUAGAAAUUUUCAUUUCAAGUGAAGUCUCGAUGCUGGUUGACGCGCUCCGCGAGUGUGUAUGUGUGUAUUUUUAUGCUGCCCUCGUCUGCAGCAUAUCAUCAGCCUCUCUCACUGUCUAUGCCUAUUAUAUAAGCGGAGAAGCAUAAGUAGGGUUUGUUUCCGGAGGGGGGUUUCGGGUAGAGCGGGGUGUUCCCUAAGGGAAAUCAUCAACAGCGCGCGCGAGAGCAAGUUAGAGAGAUUGGGAAGCCGACUGUGUGCGUAGGUACGUGCGCGGUCCGUCGGCGAAGUAGCACAAGGGUAGUGCGAAGGACGCAAAGGGCGCCAGUGGCAAGAGCGUGCCUGCUGUUUCGGGUGUGUUUGUGCGGGAUAUCGGUACUGCUUUUUUCCCAGCAAGAGGGCUCGCUUGUGUCCCGUUGUGUCCACACUGUGGUGUGCCUGUGCACCAGGAACCCUAUAUUGUGGGCUUGCGUCUGUCCGCGUUUCUGUGUGCGUAUGCACGCAAAACCAGCCAGGAGAGGAGUCCAGAAUACGAAGAAGAAACAGCACCACGGGAAGGAAGAAAAUUUCAUGCUGGCUCUGACGAGCAUUAAAAAUAUGUUUUUCCAUCGCGGUGAAGUCUCGGGGCAUUCGGCCACAAUUUGAAGGUUUCCUGGAAGAAAAAAGUCGCGAAAAGUGUUUUCGCUAUUAGUUUACACUUCCGGCGCGCGAUUCGAGUUUCUUCGGAAGUUAAACGAGAGUGCAGAUUGAGUGCGAUUCGCGGAAAAGUGCCAUUAUGGUGUAAAUUAGAAGGAUAGGUUUGACAGGCGCCUCACAAGGAUUACUGAGAAAAAUCGAAAUCAGUAAGUGAGGGCAAACUGAGUUUCUCGACUUUUAGUGUCAUCAAUAGCAGAUCAAAUCUCGCUUUUCCAUGUGCGACCAAGUAUGGAUUAUCACCGGAAGCUGUAGAGCGAAAACCCGCAACUAGACAUCUCGAUCUCAUCUAAUAGAAAGAGACAAACAAGUUUCACAAACCAGAGAUUAGAGUAAGACUGCAUGUUGACUGGCUCACGGGACGCACGGAGUCCAGCGGCAACCUGUGCUGGGUAUUUCGGCUGAACCGCAGCGGGUACUCUGGAUCCUAGCAAACAGCACUCCCGAACACUGCCUUAUCAGCAGGGCAACCGGUAUCAAGAGAUGGUAUAAAACCGUUUGAUGUGAUACGUAUAGGAAAAGCGUGAUCAAUGCGGUAAGAAUCCAAACCUAAUUCUCUGAUGAUGGUGGAAAAAUAUUGGAGUGGUGUCACGACAUUAAAUUGUACGAACAGUACAACAUUCAGCGAAACUUCUAAUCCAGGAUCUCCGUGCGAAACCCACGCCAGUGGUGACGAUGUGCCACAGCAACGGAUCUUUCGUAAGUUAAGGACAGUAAUCAAUGCAAAGACUGCCGCAGGCUGUAACACCAAAAGUAACGCACAUAGUCGAACAAACGUACCAUUCGCGAUCUUUUCACUGCGAAUGGCUUCCAUCAGUGCAAAAAUGGCACCACACACGCAGGCUGCCAAUCUUACAAUUAAACAGCAAUAUCAACCCCACCAGUGGCCAUGGAGUACCAAUAGCAAUAGCAACAGUAACAAUUCCACCACGAGCAAUAGUACAGCCAAUAGCAGCAGUAGUCUGCCAGCUUCCGUCAAUACUCAUACGCAGACACAGCCAGCAAGUAAUGCAGCUAACUCUGUCAUAUCACCAUCCAUAACGGUUACACCGGUAAACAAACUAAAACGCCUUCAGCCGGUUCAGUCGGAGGCAUCCCAUGGUGGUAGCAUCACCCGAAGCAAUAGCACCAAUACCAUAGCAAACGGUGCGAAAAGGAUUCGAGCAACGAGUGUUGAAAAAGUUAAUAAAUCGGUCGGCACCAACACCACCAAUCUCAGCGGACCACCGGGGCUCGUAGCCGUAGGUUCCAGUUUGGCUGCUGCUACCAGCAGCACCACAACCAAAAAGCUAACACAGAUGGCUAUCGUCGCCGCCAGCAGCAUCAACCAUCAGCAGCAACACCACCUCCACCACCAACAGCAGCAGCAGCAGCAACAACAACAGCACCAACAGCAGCAGAUCUCAACCGGCACGACCACAACAACCAUCACCAAGAACACGAGAAACUUCACUGCCACGCCGAACGGAAAUGCCGAUCUUAGCAACGCAAACAAAAUAACAGGUUACUUCAAGUCCCAAAUGAAAACCACCAACACUUUUAAUAAUCUAAAGAAAAAUAUUAAAACUAUAGCGGGACGAGCCACGACACUGAAGACCACUGCCACAGCUUCGGCGACAUCGACGACCACAGCGACGGCAGAAGCGGAAGCAGAAAUCACCACUACCACCGAGUUGAUGACAACAACUUCCACCGUUCUGCAACAGAAGAGCAUCAUCAAGACACCGAUCAAGGGCUCCAGUGCAAGUCUGGAGAAGUAUCUCAAUCUCCUGCAACAGCAACAACUCGUAAAGCAGACAGAUUUGGACGUCCGAACGCUUACUACUUCUAUUUCUCCCACAACCUCACUGAAGAAGGUAGAGCGAAAAACGGCGCGAAUAGCACCGACCGUUUCAGUAAACCGUAAGGUCAGUCAUUCAACGCAAGGUGGCCUCGGAGUAGGACAGCCCAAAAAGCCCAUUACAAUAGCUCCGAGAACGGCUGAUCCUAAACUGGGAGUUAAUUUCAACCAGCAGCAGAUGGGGGCCACUAACAGCAACAGUCAAACCAAACAGCAGGAACAAAUUGUCAAGUCCCAGCAACCUACGGUUCUGCUUACGGCAAUACGUAUCCCCCAGCAGCAGCAACAGUCCACUCAAACACAAACGACGCAACCACAAUCCAGUCAACAGACACCUCAACAACCACCACAGCAGCAACCCCAGCAGCAGCAGCAGCAGCAAUUUAAGCAAACAGUACAACAACAAUCUCCAAUCAGUAGUCCUCCGCGUACACCAACGAAGUUGGGAUCGGCCGUAUUUCAGUUUCACCCGCAAACUACAGCUGUAAUGCCAAAUCUGGUCCAGAUUCCUAAUCUGGUGCCUACUCAACCGGUGUCCUCGGCAACUAAGCUGAACACUGUUUCAACAACCGUUUCUGCAACAACUAGCAGUCCAAGUCAGUCUGCGAACUUGCUUAUGAACAAUGCAAGCCACGGUUUGACGGCUGCUCGUUUAAACAACGGAACUACACAACUAUUCAUGAAUGGAGCUGUAAUCAAACUGCACCAGAUACAGCAACAACAGCAAGUUGCUGUUUCGUCUGCCCAGCAAGUACCAACCAGCCAGCAAAAUCUUACCAUGGAAGCUACCACCGUUAACAUGAACCUGAACGGACUUAUCUCGAAGCCGCCUGCACUGUCGGCAACGAUGCCAUUAUCGGCCACUGCCACCAUCGGUACAAAUCAGCAACCACAACAGGGUAAGACGUUUGCCCUUCAUACACAACCAUCUGCACAGUUGUUCCAGCAAACAAAUGCAGCCACCGCAGCCGCUUUUGCACCUCAGCAACUGUUUAUGACUCCCACUGGAGGAAUUUUCCUCAAUGCAGCUGCCCUGCCAACAAUGCUAACGUCGGGAUUGACCGCCGCCAGUCUACAGCAAGCUCUCACGCAAGCUGCACAAGCGAAUGUUCCGGCACUUCACCCACUGCAGCCAACUCAACCUCAGGCAACUCAGUUACCAAACAUCACUGCCAUCAUCCAACAGCAACAGCAGCAACAGGCGCAGCAAACUCAGGCACAACACAAUUUCCAUCAGCUGUUGGCGAAUAUCCCACAAGCAGUUCUACAGAAUCUACAAGCCACUACCAAAUUCGGCCAAGGUCCACAAUUUGUUCCUAUUCCAUCUCACCUGUUCCUUAACCCGCAAACCCCCGCUCUAGCCAGCAACGGUUCGUCCGCCUCCCUCACGAACCCGAUAACGAUCUCAACCUCAACAAUACCCUCGGGAUCAACAACCGUAACGCAACCACUCUCUCCGCCUCCCCUGGUCGCCACAGUCUCAACUUUCUCUACCACCACCAAGCCGAUCAUGAACACCUUGAACAGCCAAAAAAUUAUCAUUGCUUCGGCCACUACCGGUACAAGCACUGCCAAAGCACCAGUGGCAAUCAAACCAAUCUCUUCGACGGAGCCACCUAAAUUGGUCCCGGUACAGAUGAAUAAACCGUCGAUCUCUAUCGCUCCUGUUUUGACAAAUCCUCCAAAACUUGUCACACCAUCCGCGCCUGUCCCCAAACUGGUUCUGUCGGCCUCGGUUGCCUCCAAAGCUACAUCAACCACUGCUCUACCAACAAAAGACCUGCCGAAACCGUGCUUGCUCUCACUGGAACCACCAGCACUCGCUCCUGCCUCAAUCCCUGCUGCAAUAAAGUUGCCUCUUCCUGGGCCACCAAUCAAUACUCAACGAGCCAUCGAUAACAAAUCUCCACCAGCGUUGAAUCCACUCUCACUGGAUUGCGGAAGUAGCAAUGAUAGCGGCUUCGUAGCCAACUCUAGUGAUACCGAAGACAAGUCCCUGACAAUCGAUCUCUGCUCUCCUGGAACGCCGGAUUUUUCACCACAGAAGAAAGAAGAAGAAAUUACCAAAUCCGUCGAGCCACCAUCACCCGAUUCACCAACUGCUGAACCGGAAGAAGAAACUGAAUUCGAUUCUAAAGACGAUGAACCAACCGAGCCAGAACUUCCGGAACGCCCACCGCAAUCAUCCCCUCCUCCGUUACGAUUACUUCCGCCGACCAUUGAAACCUGCCUGCUAGAAAAUCUAAGCCACAACAGCUCCCUACCUCCCAGCCAGAAGUCACCUAAAAGUUUAAUCCUGGAGCAAAUCAAACUCAAGCUGCCAGACAAACCGGACGAUCAACCACAAGAGUCGAUGUCCUCCGAUCAGGAUUCAACUAGCCAAAGCCCGCUGGACGAACAGCAAUCAUCGAUGGCGACUCCGUCAGAAUCUCAACGGUCUACAACGCCUAUCGAUCUCUCGCCACCCAGCAUCGACACGGACCUCCUCGCUACACCUCCCCCGGGAUCCGAAUGUGCAAAAAGUCCCAUCCUAUCACAGCCGAAAACGAUUCGCUUUCCGGCUCUGAAUGGAGCUCAUCACAACUUUGGACGCAAAGGUUUCCGCCGUCUUUCCGACGGUCGGCUGUUUGGUCUCUGCUACUGGAACAACUGCGACGCCCAGUUCGACACCAGCUCGAAGUUGCUGGACCAUCUGCAGAUCGAACACGUCAACAGCCAGUCGGGACCAUUCGCUUGUCUCUGGGAUGGGUGCAAAGUACACAACAAGGAGUCUUGUAGCCGCCGGUGGCUAGAGAGGCACGUACUGUCGCACGGUGGCUCCAAACCGCACAAAUGCAUCGUCGCUAAAUGCGGCAUGCGAUUCGGGUCACAGUUGGCAUUGGAAAAACACGUCAACAAUCACUUUAGCAAUUCGGAUAGCGCCGGUUCCAGCAAGCGAUCUUCGGACCCACCACUGCCGAAAGUGCUCCGGAAGACCGGUAAAAAACUGCGAUACCGACGUCAACCAUGGUCUGCCCGACGGUUUGAUUUCUUCGACAUUGGUGUGAUGGAAGGCUUACAGCAUAGACUGAUUUUGGCUGGCAGUGUGGCCAGUGCACGUCGUGGCACGGUAACCUUCCGUGGACAAGCCGCUGGACGGCGAACGACCAGUACGGGAACGGAAGUUUUCGUUAAGUGGUACCCGAGAGAAAUUAUCUCCGACGAUUGGAUCCCCGAGGCGGAAGUAACUCUCACUAGAGAAAUUUCGAUACAGGAGCUCAGCCCGGACCAGCGCUUCGAGCUAGAGGCGCAACUGAAGACCAACCGAAAGGCAAAUGCUGAGCUUCUGUCCGAUCUGCAUGAGCUAAACCUUAAACUGCAAACGGUUGCAGACGCCACCAGCAGUAGUUGUUGUAGCAGCAGUAGCAGUAGUAGCCGAAGCAGCAGUAGCUUCAGUUUUUCGUCCAGUGGAUGUAGCAGCAUGAGCACACCCAUUCCGUUCAACUCCAGAACGGGACCGAAAAAAUUACGCAAACCUUCAAAAGAUUCCUACACAACAUCAUCAUCUCCCCUCUCGUCGGUACUGUCGUCUUCAUCGUCAUCGCUGCUCUCUAGUGGAAGCAGCAACAGCAGCAGUAGUUGCAGAAACAGCGGAAGUGCUAGCAGUUGCUCAUCCUCCACAUCUUCCUGACCUACAACAUCCAAGGCCGGACCGUCGUCAACACUACAGCUGAUGAUUUCCGGCUCACUUGCGCAGAAGCGCACCCGGAGGGCCCUAAGCUGCCUAAGAAGGUGCCAAGCGACGGCAACACCAGCAAUGCAAGCUGUUUCCCGCGGCCGCAUUUCCAGCAGAGGUCAAACGUCGGCGAGCAGGAAGCUGGACUUUUAAAACGACACCCCCUAAUCCUUCUCCUAAGUGUACAGUUGAGUGUAAUAAUGAUGGUUUCUUCGAGUGGUUCCCAACUCGACCAAAAUAUUGCGAAAUAGGGAAACAAAUUGUACAUACAAAAAAAAAAUCAUCUAUCAAAACCACCAGGGCCCGCCUAGGGAGAAAAGCUAUAAAUGCUUGUCCAAAGUUGUCGUUUUUCAGGAGAUAGAACUUUGCUCUUGUUUUUUUUUUUUGCUACUGAGCAAGGAAGAUUAGGCAACAGGAAAAAAAGACGAAACACAAACAUAACUGCCGCCAUCUCUAGCGAUUUCGAUCCUUCCGUUUAUAUAUUUUAACUGUUUUUCACUUCUGCCUAAAAUGGAGAUAUACGAGGAUUGGACUAUUUCACGUUUAGGUAAAUUUUUCGGUCUGCUUAGAAACCGCUUGUGGGGAAUCAGAAGAGAGCGCCGUGAAAUUUCCCCCGGCAUGCGGAAAAAAUAUUUAAAUGUUUAGUUGUAGUAGUCCUAUUUUUUAGCCUGAGAAAGCGGAAACGCGAAGGCGAAUUUCGCUUAGUGUGCGCCAGGUAAGGCGCCAAGGCGCAUUUUUAAUUGUAUACAUUUUCUAGGAUAAUUUUAUGCGUACUUCGCGCACAAGCAAAUACUAGAGCUGUAGAAGAAGAAGCAGGCAAAGUUUAGGGUUAGGUAAAGCGAAAUUAUUCGAAUGAAAGGCGAGCGAUUCUUUGAUCUCAGUAAGCAGACAGACAACAGCAGGAAGUAAAAAGGGAAAGCAAAACAACAUAUGCCGUCUGGAUGUGUGUUGUUUUUUUGCUUCGUGAACUUUUGAAGUAGCCUAUUCAACAACAUCGGCUUAGCAUAACACCUUCACAGAAAGGUACUGAUUUUUAUUUUCUAGUACGAGUGUGUUGAUGUUUGGUAGAAUUUUGCAGUAGUAUGAAGAUUUUGUGUCUCAAUUCUGAAACAUUUAUCAACUAUUUUCUUUUGCAUCACAAAUACAUUAAAUGUAACACUGUAUUCAAAUUUGGUUCUUCCUGUUAAUAAUUCGUAGACUAAAAUUUCGUACCAAAGUGAUGUUCACGACCGUUUUGAAAGAAAGGAUUUUGGAUCUAACUGGGGACAACUGAAACAAAAACUCUGACUGUAAUCAAAGUUUGAUAUGAGUACCAACAACAUUAGAUUUCAUAUGGCUAAUAUCCAUUCAAAUCGCAUAGCUUUUGAAAAGAUCUCAACCACGUUCAAGGUUUAAAAUUAACUAUAACUCCUGUUGCGAUAAAGUUUCGAGCCAUUUUAUGAUAAAAAUUUAUCAUUCAAGAUCACGAUUGCGGACAAUUUGUUGGAGAGAUGUUGCGUUUUGAUUGAAAUACUGUUUUCGACAAAGUUGCUAAACAUACAGUUCAGGAGAAAAAUAAAAUAAAUUAAAAAAUUAUAUUACAAUUUUCAUAUUUUGAUCAAAUUGUACAACUUUGCUGAAGACACCAUAACAAUCUAACAAGUCAUAUUAAAUGACGAACUAAAAUUAUAAAAUGACAUUGAACCCCAAAUUCAAAUGUUUCGAAUUGUAACAAAUGUAAAUACUUUGAUUUCAUUAGUACACUAUUCAAUACAAUUGGGGUGACAAAAAGGAUGUGCUCUGUUCAACACUUUCAAUAAUCUGACAUUUACAAAAAAAAAUCGAAGACAACUGCUUUACACCAUUUCUCCAUUACUACUGCAAAAUUUUACUAUUAUAACAAAAGUGCCAAUCCCUACAAUUAGAUAAUUUAGAAUUAACUUGGCUUUCUCGAGUUGUUGCAACUUGAAUUGGCUUAACGUUGGUAUUAAUUUACUGUACAUAAGAACGAAACCAAACUGUGUCUAGAUAUGAGCUCCUGAAUAAGUGGGGCAACAACAAUUAUAAUCUGUAAAUAGCAAGCACACAUAUUUUGUUAGACACGCAGCCGACUUCUAAUACUGUAUAAAGAGGUUUUGUAUACACAGAAAAAAUGCAUACAACGCUACUCCGAGACGUUAUAAUUCGGAGCGGUAUUCACUUGCAAACCAAAAAAAGAAUCAGUCAACACAUAACAAUCUAACCAAACCUUUCCGUUUUAUAGAAAACGUAGCAGAAAAAAAACUUGUACAACCGCAUAUCAAUACCAACGUUCGACCGAUCCUGGUGCAGUAAACAAGAGCCACGUUGGCGCUCGGUUUGCGUAAUACAUAUUCUGCAAAAAAUGCGUACGCACUUUUUUUGUGUUUGAGCUUUUGUUUUCCCUUCUCAUGAGUGCUGCCUCUAGUUAUCAGUUUUAGCGAAAGGACUAUAUACUAUCAACCUAAGCCCAAGUGUAAUCAAUCAGCCCCAAGAACGUCUUUCCAGCAGACGCAGUCCCGCGCUGCAUCCUCCGUAUGUUCGUAACUAUUUAUCUACCGUGUAUUGAACUUUAUUUCGCUAGAAUAACAGAAAACUGAAGUAUAGGUUAUUAGCCGUUAGAUUGCUUAAGUGGCGUGAAACAAGUGUAUCCUUCAAUAAAUGUGUUAGUACACCGGAUGUAUAUGGUAGAAAAGCAAACGACCACAUACACACGCACCCACGCAGAUCAUAAACAUCAUUAAAACAAAAGAAACAAUCGAGAAAUACUAGGUGUCUAUGUGUAAAACAAAUAAUGUUACGAAAAUUAUAAGUUAGCGAAUCGAUAGAAAACCCCGCAAAAAAUCAAUUUAAUAGAAAAGUCAUUUGUCUCACAGUUGUUUGUCUAAUAUUUAGUAAGAGAACGGUGAGAUUAAGCUUGAACCAACACACAUACACACUCACUCAAACACGCGUAGUAGAUGAGACGAUUGAGGUAACAUUUUUCGUUGUGAUUAACUGAUUGCAAUUGACUAUGAGUUAGGGGGGAAAAACGAAUAAAAAACAACAGAAACCAAUUUCUGUCGAAAAAGAUCACUGCCAAAACAAAUGACUGAUUAAGUGAUUAUUUAACAGUAUAAAAAAAACAAGCGAAACUUAUUAAAAAGAUGAGCAAAACUUACGUGGCAAUACGAUCCACCUUGCUAGGAAAUUUUGAAAUUACCUAUAGAAACGACGUGGAAAAUAAGUAAACCACAGUGGCACACACGCGCGCGCAAACAGGAAUGGUUAACAAUUUGCUGUCAGUUUUUGAUACUAUUCAUCCGUUCAGCUAUUCAGUCCAGUAUUUUUUUCGUUAACCGAACGCUUUUUUCACAAGGAACCGAAGCAUUAGUCAACUGAAAAGGAUCUGCGUGACAUAACCAACUGAGUGUAUUCUUUUCGAGGCCUAAAACAAUGAUUUUGACACUGCCAUAUAAGGAAGGGAAAGCGAUAGUUUUUAGUCAAGUUCCAGGUGUCUCCAUCGCAAUAAGUUCAAAGUCACCGUCACAUACACACACACACACACACACACACAAUCGAUACCAUUUGGUUUCAGUGAAACUACCCAGCACACACACAUACAUACAUAUAUGUAAUCAAAGUAAAACGAAGCAUAAAUACAAAACCGACUGCCAUCGCGAACUGCAUGCAUGCAUUUUUUUCUCUCUUGGAUAAGCAAUCACACCUGAGUAGAGUGCUGGUCACUCGUCAUAGUUUACAAAUUUUCGAAUCAACCUUGAAACCCUUUCCACGCGCUAAACGGUGACAAAACAGGAUUGUUGGCCAACCGCGACAGCAAAUGGAGAAUUGAGUAAUGAGUAUUCGCUUACUUUUGGACUGAACAAAAUUUUAGUUAAAUUAAAAUUUCAAGUAAUGGAACGAUCAACUGAAUUAAAUUAAUUUUUUAUAUCGAAUGCUAUACAAAAUAUUACUUUUGAUUUUCUUAAAGUAAGAAAUUGAAACGCAGCGAGAAAAGCAGACUUUUAGGUUUAGAAAAACAAAAAAAAAAACAAAAUUGUUUUCUUCUCGAAGGAACUUUUGCGUAAGCGACUGGUUAGAGUUUUAACGUCCCACCCACAUCUGGCCGCGGUAGGCGGCAGCGUCCGAAGCGAGUGAACAUUUCGAACAAACUGAAGUAGUAGUGUGAUUUUCUUUCUUUUGCGCAUAAUAAGAGUCCCUAGGGAAAAUUUAGACAAACUAUGCGUGUACAAAACAAACAAACAAAAUUAAGGGCAAGCAAAGGAAAGGUUUGAACAAAAAGUCAACUAUACAAUACAACAUAUUUUGCCGUGUGCAACUUGAUUUCUGUCAACCGUUUUUUUUUUUUGUUCGAUUUGUGCUUCUUUCUUAACAUCUUAGGUUUUUUUUUUACUUUUUUAAGCUAGCCUGUAACGAUUCUUUAGCUGUAUAUCUAGUAGUGUAAAAUAUUUUAGUUAUACUUGAAGUUCUAUUAAGUUCUGUAGUAAAUGUUAAACUGUAAUUAAUUUCUAAAUUCGCUACUGGCCCUAGCUCUGGUACGCGACAGUAACGAUAAUAAUAAUAAUAACAUUAUUAUUAGUAAUAACGAUAGUAAUAAUGAUAAUAAUAAUAGUGAUGAAAAUAUUCGAUAAACGACUUGUGUUUUUCUUUAUUUUGUUGGAAUAAACCUCUAAUUCACGGCUUUUCUGUUGUUUGGUUACGUCUCGUUAUAUUUCGUUGUUCGGCUUUUUUAUUUUUGCUCCUUUGCAAGUAACAGGCGCAUUAUCCGUUCUUAUGGGUAUUGGUCUUUUUAAAAAAAAUUUUUCAUUUAUAUGAAAUCCAUUGAAACAAAUCUAUUCGGUUAUUCUGUAAGCACUUGUGGAAAUAUUGAUUUGGAUGGAGUUAUUCUGACAUCAAUUAUUGCUGUUAUGCGUAAAUACACAGUGAGGUUAAGAUAGCUACAACAAAUCUUACCAGGAAAGUUUCACAUUAUUACAUUGCGAACAGAUGAUUUUAUUUCUGUUCGAUUUCUAAAUUACCAUCACCGGUUUAGUAUUUCCAAGUGCGUUUUUCAGGCUAAAAACUGGCCUCUGGGUACGUUCCAUUUUCUAAAUGUUACAUAGCCCUCGAACUUAUCUUUGAUUUCCCUGUUUUUCCGGGCAUAUGAGUCAGAGUUCGUAAAACGGAUUACUAAAAAUCAAAAAUUUGAAGUUUUUCACCCAGCAACUUAAUUCAUUGAAUACGUGUUGUUAUUGAAAGAACCUAUGCACUGAAUAUGAUAAAAUUUUCAGAAUUGGUACUUAUUGAAGAAUAAUAUUUUGAGGCAUUAAAAAACAUCACGAGUAUUUUUGACAUAAUUCGACAACAUUCCUGAAAGCUUUAAGUCAUCGUUAUUUUUUUAUAACCUAUGCUAUUUGAUUAUGUUUAAACAAUUGGUAUCAACUCAAACAUACUUCAGCCAAAGAUGACUAGAACAAGAUACCUGACUCUUGCAGAAUUCAUCGGACAUGAUUGUCGCUGCGCGUGAGCAAAAGUCGAACUAAUUUAUACACUGUUAAUAUGAUGUAUACUUAACGUCAAAAUCAACUGACUACAACGCCAAGACAUGACUGCUGAAAGGUGAAACAAUUUUUUCAGUAUCCAUGUGGACGACUGUACGGUACUGCCAUACGAAAAAAUAUGAUAAUGUGUACGAAUGCUUAGUUCUCAAACAUGAAGCUUUCCGGAAGAAUCAAGAAUUAUCGGCGCAUCAUUUAAAAUUAAGCGUAGGUACCAUCAGAAAUUUUCUGAUAACCGCUUUGAGCUCGCUAUACAGCCAAGUUUUCCACUCUUGCCGAGGUUAAUAAAGCAAAAAUCAGGUGCCCCGGUGAACCUGACCAUAUGCACAAUGGUUCUGAAACCUGGCUUGCGACAUAUCAAACUUUAAGUUUUGGUAGAAUGGGACCUAAAAAUAGAUAUAACCCCUCAAUAUAAACCCCCACUCUGACAGUCAAUUUCACACUUUUCUUUUCGUACUUUGAAGUGCAAAAAAUAUGGCAAUAGCAUUAAGCGCAAAAAAUGACAAUAUCAUUAAUCUGCAUUUUAUCUUAAGCGUCAAGAUGACCAAACUGCUACACCUUUUUCAUAUACAAUCUUGAACAGAUCAACGAUCGAUGCCGGACUAUGCACGAUAAAUCGGUUUUGCUCAUAGUGACAAUUUUAUGAGAAUUUAAGUCAUCAGAUGGCAGCACUAACCGUCGGAAAUCGGUCGUGUUCAAAAUGUAUGAAAAAUAUGGAAGUUAGGUAUCUUGUUCAGGUUAUCUUUGCUUCAGCACAACUUUGUUUGAAUGAUCAUGCCUUAUAUAUAAAAAAUUCCUUUUUGGAGAAAAAAUGAAAAAAAUCCAAAAUUUAAAUAAUUUUGAGUUUUAACAGUAUUUCAAAGCGUGUAACAGAUUAUUUUAGACGUCAUCAACAUCUUAAACGUCAUUUCGUCAAUUUUUCAAUCAUCAUUCGAAUUACAAAAAUUAUGAAAAGCUCAUUUUUAAUGCAGGAUAAUUUGAUCUGCCAUUACCAAAAAUGCAUAAAUUUUAAUCUAUUUGGUACAUUGUAGAGUCGAAAAAAAAUCACAGGAGGGUUGUGUGCAAAGCCACGACCGCAAGGUUGAAGUAGAAUACUUUUACAAGAAAGAUAACCCGGCUGCUUGUGUGUCAGUCAUUUUUUCUAGUGAAUGACCGUUGACUAAUCAGAUCAAUUGAAUUUUGCGCUUCAACAAGGAUUGACUAUUUUCAAUAAUAUAGUAAGUUACUUGUCAUGAUUGGGGCUUGACAAUUUUAAAUUUCGGUUAUGCGAAAAAAGCUGAUUUAACACUUCAUACUAGACGGCUCAUGUGUUAUCAAAAUGAGUCAACUUUUCAUUGAAUGCAUUUACUAGUGCCCGCUAUCGCACAGACACUGCAUAUCACUAAAGUGCCUCACUGCAUCAGCUGCUAUCGAUGCUGAUACCCGCUGCAACUGCUACGCUGUCCGUAGCCAUGCCACAGUUGUGGUCGCUAUACGCUGCCAUUGGUAUCCGCUGUCCCUGCAUCAGCUAGCCAAGCUGCUACCGAUGCUGAGAUCCGUUGCAACUAGUGCGCUAUCUAUCUAAGGAAGGACUACUGUCGCUGUCUAGAACUAUUAUGAGCGGCUUCGGCUGAACAGACUCUUAUAUAGGGAUGAAAAAUCGAUGAUUUUUUACUACUACCGAUAACUAUCGAUAGCCAUUUUAGUCGAUAUUUAUGCAGACAAAUAGUACAUUCAAAUUUCAAGGUCUAUGUUUCUGUCGACUGUGCUUGGGAAGCAAUCAUAUUAACGACUAAUCAGAUCAAUCCAAUUUAGCGCUUCAACAAGGAUUGACCAUUUUCAAUAAUAUAGUAAGUAGCUUGUCAUGAUUGAGGCUUGACAAUUUUUAUAUUUUGGUUAUGCGAAAAAAUAUUUUUUCUAACUCAGUUCAGUUUUUAGCUCGAAAAGGACCUUGAAGGUCACAAUUGGCACAAAAAAAAUUGAAGAUCGAUCUGUUCUCUAACAGUAUUAAAAAGUUUCAUCGUUUAAAAAAAUGCAUGCAUGUGAAUGGGUUAAAUUAAAUCAAAAUAUCGCGAUGAUAACACUGGUCUAACUCUCUAAUAAUGUUUUUUUGAGAGUUGAUAUGUUGACAACUGUGCUCAAAUGUUUUUUAUAUUAUUCGUAUAACGGUAAUAACGAUCGAGAUCGCUUGUCAUGAUCCCUGCAGAAAAUUGAGGAGAAGUUUCAAAGAACACUCCAUACACAGGCGUCAAAAUUUAACAUACCACGCGCAUACUGUGACUCCCUCUAUUUUUGUAAGUGAAAAAUUCCUCACAACAUCCUCGUUCUCACAGAUCUACUAAUUUGAUGUCCUGAAGGUGAAGCUUGUUUGGAGCGUUUCUAUGCCAAAUGAUCUAUUACUCAUCCAAUCUUCUUGCUACCGUAUUUUUCAAUUAAUUUCUGUUUCCUGCUGGAAAACCACAGAUAUUUUACAGAAAAGCGUAUUUUUCACAGUAAACUAAAAAUUUCUAAACUUAAAAUUAAAAUGUCCCAAAAAGGAUGCAUUUUGAAAUUCAUAAUGCAUCAUUGGAAUUUGAUUUUUCUCUACAUAAUUGAAAUUUGUAAAAUUGUGUUAAACUUAACUUUCAGGUAAAAACUUGUUUUUUUUUAUUUCUCAAUCCAGGUCUUCUCAUCAAAAGUUUUGAAAUAAUGGCAAAUUUCAAGAAAAAAUAAAUUUGAAGAGAAAAUUCAACCUUUUUUGGAUUUGGUGUAUAAUUUAAUGUUUAUUUUCUCUCUGACAGUUUUUCUACAUAAUCAAAAGUUUAUGAGCUACAAUGCUUUGAAAUGAUAACCUAUGCCGAAAGGCAUACGCGCUUUUAGAAAAUUACUCAUAAAUCUAAAAAAUUCCUCCUGUUAAAAAUACGCAAUUUGGUAAGCAAAAUACGUGUGCAAAAUUUCAUUCAAACUAAACGAACUUGAUAAUUUUUUUUUGCAAAUUUCCAGAUCAUUUGGCAUGAAAACGCUCUUGGUAUAUUUUGUGGAAAUCUUUUUGCUUAUGUAAUGUAAUAAUAUGCUGUUAGAAUUUACUUCAAACGAAAGUCAAAUUUGGAAAAUUUUAACUUUCCCUGAAGCCCUUACAUUUAUGUAAGUAACAAAUUAUUGUCCUUUCCAUCUUCAUAAUUUAUGCCCUAAAAACUUGCUUUGGAAAAGUGUAAAAAAAACUUCGAUGUAAAAAUACAAAAAAAAAACAGAUUAAUUUAGAUUAGUUUCCCUUAGAUUGAUUGUUAAAAUAGUUGGAAAAAUUGUUUUAUCCUGUAUCAGAAUUUAUGGCUAGGUUUUUUGGUAUACAAACGCUACAUGAUUUAUUUCAGCGUUUUGUAUUUUUAUUAUUUUUUAUCCGUGCUUGUGUUAGCCCUUCCUUAUUCAGCUUAGCCUUCUCUACUUCAUUGAAGUCAAAGUAGCAAUUUCCAUUCACAGUAGAGGGUGAUUUUAGUUACUCUGGUCAGUGAUUGUGAGCAAGCUUGUUAUUCUCCUCAAUGUGUGGAAAAAGCAGAGUGAAUAUUCACCGCUCAGUUCUUGCCCAGCAUGUGUAUCGCGUGUAGCAAUUUUCUUCUGCUCUGUGCUGUGUUCCUGCUGCUCGCAGAAAAAUUAAUACACUCGGUGCGUACGCCACAACUGAGCAAUCACUCUAGUGAGAAUAUACAGAAGUACACCGCAGCGCGCACUGCUGAGAUAAAUUCGAUAACAUUUGAAGAGCAACCAUGCAUGACGACCGACUGGAUUAUUGCUUUUAUAGCAGUCUACCAUUUGCAAAACAAAACCUAUCAAUUCGACAGGAUUAUUUUAGAUUUCAUGAGAAAAUUUUGAAGUCGUUUUUUCGUUCAAUACAUUUCAUAUUUUACACAUAAAAAAAGUUGAAGACACCGGAUUUGUCGCAAGCGAGAAUAGACAAUAGUCGAUUUGUUUUCAAAACAAACCUUUAUCAUUGAACACCUCGUAUUGAAACUUCACUAGAAGCCAGAAAAAAACUAAUGAACGGCAAAACCAAUCGAAGUUUCAAUCUGAAGUACUCAAAACUAAGGGUAAUAGGCUCUCUCAGUAAUUCACUAAGUUGCUUAUGUUACCCCUCUUCCCAAAAGUUGACUUCUUUUCAAAAUUCACACAAUAUCUCACUAACGCAACAAUGUAACUACCAACAGACAUCCGAGUUUAGCAAAGACGAAAAAAGAGCGAUAAGAUUAUCAGGACACAUAUAAGCUGUACAUACCUACUUAAAAGCUUGAAAUCGAUACAAUAUACGCAACAUUUUUCCAAGUAGUAAUAACAGUAAAAGUGAUUCAAUAACUAAUAAACAGAGAAGAAUGACUUAAUCAACAAGAAUAUGCCUAUAAUUAUUUAACUAGAAGUGUAUGUGUGUUUGUAACAAAAAAAACGGAAAUUAGACUACAUAUAUCGAUGCAGGUAUCAAUGCAAGCAAAAAUAAACCAUUAAAAAAACAGGAUCGCGAUGAUCUAAAGAAUAGAUUACGUUGAUUUUUUUUCACGACAUACUUACGCACAGUCAGUAGAAAGAUCGCAGCAUCAAUGCAAUGCAAGCCGCGAGGCGUACAAUGUACAGAAGACCGAGUAGAAACCGCAAAACGCUAGUACAGACUGCCAGUGGAGAUAAUUUUCAUAAAAUUUGAAAGAUACACCGAACUUUUAUGAAUCUUAUGAAGACUAUUUAGGUCAGGGAGUACAAGGACUGGUUGCUUCUAUAGUGUUAAGACAAAGUGACAGUUGAACAGUGCCUACUUUGUGUCUAGGCCAACGCACAAAUUCGGAAUUGCAGCUGAAAACGAUGUUACAGUAGAAGAUGUAUAUAGAUUCAGAAUCUGACGCUUCGGGCGUUUAGAAAGCCGCUCAUUUGAGCGGAAUUUCGGUGGUUUAUGAAAUAGAUAUGAAGGGAAGGCGGAAUGAGUUGAAAAAUAGGACCGAUUGCAACUUUAUUGCAUAAUCAGUUGUCAUUUAUCUCAAGAUACGUCAAUAUCAAUAAGACACAUGUUCAGUAAAAGGUUAUAAUAUCCAAACUUAGUGUUAAUUAUUCUAUAAUUCAAAAUGAUUUUAAUUGCGAUUAACGAUAUUAGAAAUUGCGUGGAAUAGAUGAAACAGAUUUAAAGACCGAAGUGGGGGACGAAAUGAAAUCGCAAGUAAAACUUCUACGAUAUACUUCUAAUCUUUGAUGGAACUAGAUAAAUUAUUUACCCUGUAGCAAACAGGAAAUUUAAGGAAUGUGGCAAAAAUACAUAAAAAAAAGUUACUUAGCUUAAUGUAAUUAAAUUUCAUCUCUUCUGCCUGUUUCGUCGGUAACGAGAUCUUUCGUAAAUACCGCAACUGGCAAGUUCUCGAUUAACGGGCGGAAAGAGAUAAAUCUCGAACCAGAAUGGCAUAAGCAUUUUUUGUAGUAGGUGUUGUUUCGUAUCUAGGGGUCAGCGAAGAAAGGUGAUAUGACAAGUAAAAUCUAGUCAUAUUGUAGUGUAUACUGGAUCGUAAUUCUAAUAUCGUAUUCUUAUCAAUUUUUCGUUUAAAUACGCGUCUUUCAACUGCUUUGAAUCAGCUCAAGUUAUCGUUUUUACGUCACCUUUUUCGGUUGGGAAAGAUCACAUUGACUGAUACGACAUCGCUCAAAAUUUUGAUCAAACAGCAAACAAAAUUAGGAGGAAAUGCAGAAAAGUAGUGGAAAAGAGGACCACAGUUUGGACAUAGUUUACUAUUCAACAAACACACAAGCGAACACACAGAAGAACAAUAUUAAAAUCUACCGCAUCAAAAGCAAAACGUUCAUCAGCAGGAAAAUUUACACAAACACUUUCACCCAGAAGCAAAAACAAAACAUUUUGAACAAAUAACUACCUCAUUAAUUUUAAAACAAAUGUCAGGAAAAAUCAGCGACAGCAAAAAGCAAAUAACGGACAGCCGAAGUCGAUGGAAAUUCAGUUGCUUGCAAAGAAAAAAUAAAAUAUAGAAACCAUACGUUCAGAUAAAGUCCUUUAUCGAAGUAUUUUGUACGGAAAUCAGAGAAACGACCAUUACGCGCAGCCACGAGGAAUUUCGGUAUGAAGUAUACAAUUUACAGCGUAAUCUUGAAACCAAAAACAAUAGCAUGUCCAUGCGAAAUCGGUUACUUUCAAAGCUGCCGUUAUGUGUUACUAUAAAAACAACUGUCUCAUAUAUUAACUUUUCUUUCACGAGCAUAUGUGUUCUAUUUCUGUUGAAUUCUAGCAGGAAUUGUCCUUAAUGCACCCGUAAAUAUUACGAUAUAGUUUUAACUGUUGUUCGUGACAAAAAUUGAACAACCGCAUUAUGAAAAAAAAUGAAAUCUAAACACACAGAGUUAGUAGAAGAGAAACAGAAAUCAACUGAUGAUGCUUAUUAGAGUAUAACUGGACAAAGCGUAUUUGAAAAAAAAUGUAUCAGUAUGUUUAACGGUAAAAAUACGGAAAAUAUAUUACAGCAAAAAUUAA